CUCCAUCUCGUGAGCACCUCCUCUUUCCUCACAAAAGCGAUCACCACUAGACUAGAAAAGUGGGAAGACGACGGCUGGAUAGAAGUACCCAACGCCAGCUACCUCGCCGCCCUAGCGAGCCGCCUGCGACAGCGCUGCGCCGUAACGACAGCACGCCACGCCACCUCGCUGUGGGAGUGGAAGACAAUAGACUGGAUCAGGGACCGCGCACUCCCCCCACUGCUAGCCUACCCCCCCACCCUUGUGCGCCCGUCCAUCGACCCAGCCUUCCACCUCAGCGGAGCCCGCCUGGCGUCGCUCACGCAGGCGACAGCCUACCGAGGCAUCCUUUCCAACCGACGCCCGCAAGCCCGACAGGGGACCACCCGCAACAUCACAGUCGCCCUCGAUGCGAUCGCCCCCCACAGGAAACACAACGCCUCGGAACUUUGGACGAGCCUGCGGCACAGGGACAUCCGACUCCCGAUAUCCGACUUCCUAUGGAAAACUCUCCACGCAGCACUCAGGGUCGGCCCUUUCUGGAGCCACAUCCCCCAAUACGAACAGCGAGCGACGUGCUCCACAUGCGACCGCGAGGAGUCGAGCGACCACAUCCUCCUCCAGUGCGCCGCAAUCGGUCAGCAACAAGUCUGGGCUCUAACCAAAGCCCUAUGGCUGAAAACCGGUCUUCCCUGGCCCGACAUGUCCUUCGGCACGCUCCUCACGAUAGGCCUGAUGUCGUGGACGACCCCAGGAUCACGCCGCAAAUGGGACGGGGCCUCACGACUCUGGCGCAUACUCAUCUCUGAAUCCACCUACCUCGUCUGGAAGCUGCGAUGUGAGCGUGUCAUUGGACACGCCGACACACCCGACUGGCAGCACAACGACCGGGAAGUCCAACAGCGCUGGCACACCGCCAUAAACACCCGCCUUCACUUAGACAUAGCCUCGACAAGGCACCACUUGAACGGCAGGUCGCUGCAAGCCAAGACCGUCCUCCGGACUUGGCACAAAGCUGUCGACGAUGAAGGCGCACUCCCAGAUGACUGGACACGCUUCGGUUUUUUAGUGGGU